CGAAACUUUGCGCAGCUCACAUAGUACGACCAUUCGGUACAAGGGUCUGAAAAUCAGACUAUUUACUAAAAGGAUUGCAAUCCCCAAAGUCGAUUCGACAACUAACGGUCGUUAUUGAUGGAAGUUCUAAACUAGUAUUCACUUUCAAACCAGUGGAAUUUAACCUUUUCAUUUUUUGGCUUGCAAAUGGGAUUUGGAACCAUCUAGAUUCGCUAGUAUACCAGAUUUGAAUUACUGAAUUAUGGAAAAAGUCCUCAAAGGCGAUGACUGUUGAUGUAUAUUGGAGUCCCCCUCCUAACAAAAGACAAAAAAUAUGUUUUCUGCCUGAGGAGAGACCAAGGUUUCCACUUUCUAGGCAGAAUGCCCAAACCGCUAUAUGACGUGAUUUGAUUUGCAUAGCAAUGCCAAUCAGGACCGACUCACUUAGCGAGAGAUAUGAAUUACAUUGUUUGUUCAGCUCUUGUUAUGUGAAUUUUCCUCUGGUUUCGUUUUUGGACCACGUGACUCGACUGACAUGCACCAGGUACCUCCUCAAUGUCACAAGACUGUGAAAUACGGACUCACGCAGCCUAUAUAAACUUUUUGAUGCGGGUAAUCAGUCACAUUUUCAUGAACAUCUGAUGGAACGGAGCACAUUUGUGCAACAGUAAUUUGCAUAAGACUGAUUUCUAGAUCAUUUUCCCUGUCACACCGUAUGUUUUGGCAUCUGUCAAACCGGAUUCAUGACACAGAGACAAACGCUGCUCUUAUCUUGCGAAAGAGACACUGUAAACGCCUUUAUAACACGUCCUAGGAGAGACCUCUCAUGUCACUUGUUGCCAAUUACUUUAAUUUGAACUGUGUAAGAUUAUGUGUGAAUCCUUUUAGCUCCGCUAUAAUUGGAUAAAUAAUUCUGAGAAGAGGACUCGACGCCUUAUUCCACGAUUCAUUUCGCAUUUAGCAGGAUCUAGGCAAACACCUGGACACCAUUCACAAUGGCAGAGAGGCUGAAAACCGAAGAGGUGACUGAACCCCCUAGUGAUAACACACCAAGUACAAGUGGUCAAACGUCGAGGCAAACACAUGGAUUCGAUGACGUCAUCAUCACAGUAGCAAAAGCCGUAUCAGAUGAUGGUGAUAUAAGGAGACUCGGUCUUGAGCUGGGAGUCCAGAUUGCUGAUAUAAACCGGGCAUUGGAGACGAAUUGGGCUGGAGGUAAAAAGACCAGUGAUGGUAAUGUGAUACUGCUUCAGAAUUGGGCUGCGAACGUCACACCAUCCGAGCAACUUCCUAUUCUUAGAGCUGCUCUCCAGGCGGCGGGCUUAAAAGAAAUAGAGGAGACCUGUCUGCGAAGGAAAGGUGAACAUGGUGAGAUGACCGACGAAGUACAACGAUUAAGAGAGAAGUUACAGGCUAGAUAUAUCGAAGAAUUUAGCCAGGUCAAAGUAUCUCCUAUGGACCCCAAAUCACGCACAUGGCUGCAUCAUAUCUUCGUCAGUCUCAUUUUAAUGUUAGGGUGUAAAGGAGAUCAGAAAAAAGAAAUUCGAUAUGAGGAUCUGUUCAGUUUUAUUAAAAAAAAGACUGAUAAAGGAUUCAUAACACGGUUAGCCUUUCUUGGAGAAGCUGGUGUGGGCAAAUCGACAUUAUUUGCAAAAAUAGCUCUCGAUUGGGCGAUGGGUAAAUGUCUCCAAGAUAUCACUCUUCUCUUUCACGAAUCAUUUCGAGACAUAGAAGAUAGCCCCUUCUUUGGUGAUAUUGUUAUGAAUCAUUUCCCAAUUGACACAGAGAUCACAGGGGAAUGGAUUGAUAAAUACAUCACGGAGAAUCAAAGGAAGGUUCUGGUCUUACUGGACGGACUGGACGAGGCUAAAAUGGACAUAAAAUGUCCAAACCGUAAACUUGCUAUCGUCUCGAUCGCAAGAAGGGAGAGAUUCAUUGACACAUCUGUUCUCAUUAGUUCACGUCCUUUUGGAGCUGAUCAAAUCAAGAGCAUUCCUAAAAUCCAUGAAAAGUACUCCUACAUACUGGUUGAGGGUUUUACAAAAGAAAACACAAAUGAAUACAUCAAACAGUUUUUCAAAAAUGACAAAGCUUCUGCAUCCAGUCUCAUCCACUUCAUAAACACUAACAGCGUAGUUUCUGAGUUUAUGGCACCAUUCCCAAUCUUUUGCUGUAUGCUGUGUAACAUGUGGACUGUAGAAUCUAAGCGCAAAACAACUGAGAAGCUACAAACAAUAUCCCAACUAAUGAAAGAGAUUGAUUUCGCUCUUAGGGAACAAUAUUCUUCAAGAUACACUGACAGUGAGGGAGGGUAUCAAUGUCAUAUGGAGAAGGCUGUUGAAGCCAUUACAAAGGUUGGUCGUGUGGCCUUCGAGGGGUUGCUGAAAAAUCAGCUCAUCUUCACCAAAGAGGAAAUGGAAGCCUGCGAUGAGGUUGAUGAUGUUGAUGCGGUGAUGGCAGUAGCAUGUCAGGUUGGGAUUCUGAUGGGGAAAAAGAGGUUGGCCUCAAAGGAAAUCAGACAAAUAGAGGGAAAGCAAUUCAUUCAAGAGUUCUGUUUCCCUCACAAGCUACUGCAGGAACACACCGCAAGCCUAUACCUCGCAUCGUUGUAUAACCACAACCGUUCGGAAUUCAACAGAAUCUUGACACACAAGCUCUUAAAUGACUACAAGGAAUUCAGAUAUGUCUUGUACUUCACUGUAGCUCAUGGAGGUGAAGUAGGAAAGUCGGUCCUGGAAGCCCUAUGCGAGAAAGUUCAUAACAUGGAGUUCAUCAUUGAUUGUGCAUUUGAAUGUCAUGAUUCAGAAGCCAUCGAACCCGUCAGGAACCUGUUGAAGACGGAGACACAUCUUACGUUACCACCUAGUCUUUCAAACGCCGCAUUUCUCUUCACACUGGAACCAAUAGGAAAGGAAGUAGUAAGAAGACGUUCCUCGAUUCGUGACACAUUGGGUGUUAGUGAGUCCUUCGAAGCUAACGCACCAUCGUCUGAUGUAGCUGCAGCAGUAGGUCUCUUCACAUUGCAGAACUUACGAGGGUUGCACAUUAAAACCGAGCGUCUGGAUGACAAAUUCUACACAGGAAUGUCUGCUGCAGCUCCACAGUCCAUGGUUUCUGAUUAUUAUAUUAAUGUUGAUGAAUUCUAAAUCAUAAUUAUCAUUAUUUCUU